AUGGAUGCAUACCGGUUUCGCGUCCCCAAGCCCAACUAUCUCCCUCACAAGCAAGAUGUCGACAUUGACAUUGUCGAAGAGUAUGGCUCGCCGCUUGGGCUUGCUAGCGACAUGGAAAAUGCCAAAUUCUACAGCAAAUGCAAGCGCAUAGCGGAGGAAUCCGGCAUCACCCGACCAAAAGGCUACAACGUCUCAUUUCACUGCAACCCGGACAUGGAGAAGCACCACUUUGGCAUGACGCACCCUAUGAAGCCCUGGCGCCUCACCCUUUCCAAGUCCCUCAUCUACUCGUAUGGCAUGUCAUUCGCUAUGGACAACUAUGUGUCGCGUGCAGCCACGUACGAGGAGCUGGCUACGUUUCACUCAACCGACUACCUGGACUUCCUCGGCACCGUUCUCCCGGAGCCUGUUCCGCGCGAUCUCGAGAACCAAAAUCCAGAUCUCAAAUUUAAUCUUGGAGGCUCUGACUGUCCACUAUUUGACGGACUCUACGACUACUGCUCCAUGUCGGCGGGUGGCGCGCUCGACGGCGCACGCAAGCUCUGCUCCAAGCAGUCGGACAUUGCUAUUGCCUGGGGCGGUGGCCUGCACCACGCGAAAAAGGCCGAGGCGUCCGGCUUUUGCUAUAUCAACGACAUUGUCGUUGCCAUCCUCCAGCUCUUGCGAUACUACCCCCGCGUUCUCUACAUUGACAUUGAUGUGCACCACGGCGAUGGUGUGGAGGAGGCCUUCUUCUCGACCGACCGCGUUAUGACUGUCUCCUUCCACAAGUACGACCCCAACAAUUUCUUUCCCGGCACAGGUGCGCUCGACGACAAUGGGCCUAAGAGCGAGCAUAAUCCCGGCGCGCACCACGCCGUCAACGUGCCCCUUAAUGACGGCAUCACUGACGAGCAGUACGAGUGGCUCUUCAACACCAUCAUCGGCCGCAUUGUCGAAAAGUUCCGCCCCGGUGCCAUUGCACUACAGUGCGGCGCCGACUCCCUGGCUGGCGACCGUCUUGGCCGCUUUAACCUGCAGGUCCAAGGCCACGGCGCCUGCGUCAAGUUCUGCAAAAAAUACAACCUCCCCCUCAUCCUCUUUGGCGGCGGCGGCUACACGCCGCGCAAUGUCGCUCGCGCAUGGGCCUACGAGACGUCUAUUGCCAUCGGCUGUGACGACAAGAUCAAUCCGAUCCUGCCACAGCAUGUGCCUUGGCGCGAACAAUUUCGCCAGGACACGCUCUUUCCCACGCUGGAGCAGAUCCUCGGCGAGCCUCGCACCAACCGCAACUCGCAGAAGCGCCUGCAAGAUAUCCUCCAGCACGUCACCGAGCAGCUGCGCUUCGUCCAGGCCGCGCCCAGCGUCCAGAUGCAGGCCAUCCCACCCGACCUUGGCGGCAUCCGCGAGGACGUCGAGCAGCGUCUCAAGGAGGAGAAUGAGGAGCGGAGCAAUGAGCUGCGGUUAGCAAGAGAGUCGGGCACUGCUGUACCGAUGGAGCUUUAG